AGAUGUCUGUAGCUGACCAGACUGUACUGACCCACUUUCCUUCCACUUCUUUGCCCUCUCACUCCUGACUACUAAAGGAACCGGUGGUGCGUGUCGAAAUGCAUCUGCUUUCUGUAGGUUUUCUCCUUUCCUUCCAGAGAGGAAGCCAUACCUAGAGGAUUAGACUAGGACAGCCUAUUAACUGAUCUCUGCUCACACAGAGACGGAGAGCUCUCACUUUCCUUUAAGGUCCCUGCUGACUGGUAUUGUGAAAGAAGAUGGGGGAGGGGAGUGGACACAUACAUUUUGGGGCUGGAGGGCUAAAGGGUGACUACUGAUAACCUCUCUCUGUGUUGAAAUGAGGAGACCUGAAGUCUCCAGUGUUCUCCCCUUUGACAAGGAGAGAACACUCAUCCAAGGGCCCGAGGGACGAUCUGCAUGUUGCUGUAUGCCCCUUGACACUUUUCUUUUGUUUGUGUGUAUAGAUGUCAUGUGAGCGUGCGUGUUUAAUCUAUGCCAGGGGCUCAGCCAUCUUGACUUUCACUGUAAGCUAGGCUUUGAUUCAAGCCUCAACACGUUGUGAUCACAGCAAGGCUCUUCCGCUACUGAGGUCUUCUCAUGUCUGACUUUUUAUUGCAGCCUGUGACUGUGGUAGAAGCGCCCCCCCCCCAUUCUUUCUCCCUUCCUCCCUGACACAGAGGGAGGGUUUGACCAAUUACCAGCAGCUGUUGCUCAUUUCACAAUAGUCCCGCCCAUGCUGUGCCAGGCUCGAGUGUAGCUGGGCUACAGUUUACUUAGUUAAAGAAGACUUCUGGCGUAGAGGAUUUUCUACUGUCACUACUGUACUGCUUAGUACAGGACUGCCACUAAAGAAGACUAGUCACAGACUUUCGUGGGGUGAGAGGGGCCCCGGAGCAGAGACCCUCUGGACUAAUUUACAGUCAAAUCCACCCCUGGCCCUCAUCUCUUUUCCCGUUGCACCCCUGAAAAACCUAAACGUCCUCCUCAGAAGGACAUCAGCGACUCCCCUCCACCCCUCUACUCCCCCAUCCUCCUCCCCCUCUGCCUAGUUCUCAUGUUCCUCCUCCGGGGAGGUUGGAGAGCAGGGGGCACACACGUGGCCAGCUGCCCAGGCUCGGGGCCACGGUGACAGACAUGGGGCUCAAGAGGAGGCUGGGGCUGUGCUUCCUGGGUGUCAUCUCCCUGCUGGUCAUCUACAUCCUGUGUUUGAGCCUGGAGAUCACCAUCCCCUGGCGCAUGGUCAACCUGAACCUGUCACACUUCCCUGGUCUUGGGUACACACAGGAACCAAACAGGUCACACGACUCUGAAGACCUUAUUGACGGCAACACACCAUCAGAUGGUUUGGACAGCCUACACAUUGGUUCAACACCAACAACACAUUUAAGGUUAAAGGUACAGUCCACAUCCCCUGUCGGAGCCAGACCCUCAAUGAAACCUGGAGCCAGGGUCAGAACUAUCAAGGGUCAAAAUAUUAAAGGUGCUCUCCUCUCCAAUUCAACCAAACCAACAGAGCCACCCUUCAUUGGAGACAGUUACUACAGCGAAGUCGCCCCACCUCAAACCGACUGUCCAAAUAGUAUUCGUAGCAGGGUUCCCCAGACAAACUUUGGGGUGAGGUAUUUGGGCAGGAUCCCUGUCCUCCAGUGGGCCAAGCAUGCCACUCCAGAACAGUACCAGCGCCUCCAAGUGUACCCAGGGGCUCACGGCUGGGGAAACCUUGACAUUGACACUCUGGUAUCAACCCUGUCUGUUCUCAACACAUCGGCCAACUGGCACAUGUUUGAUGACUGGGAUCGUCGUAGCAACGGCUCGCAGUGUGUCUGCUGUGCUGUCGUGGGCAACGGAGGGAUUCUGAAGGAUUCUAAGAAGGGCCGGGAGAUUGACCAACAUGACUAUGUCUUCAGGACCAACGGAGCUGUGAUUAAGGGCUUUGAGCAGGAUGUGGGCUCUAGAACAUCCCUCUACACGUUCUCCACCAACACCCUCCGUAACUCCAUGAAGAGCUACGCCGGAGCAGGCUACAGAGGACCCCCGCUCUCUGAGGAGACUAGGUAUGUCUUCCUGCCAGACCAUGACAGAGAUUACCUGCUGAUGAAAGCAGCCGCCACACACACUCCAGUAGAGAGAGGACCAGAGAAGAGCAAAACGCCACCCACAUACUUUGGAAAAAAUGUGAGUGUAGAAAAGUUCAAGAUGUACCAUCCAGAUUUCAUACGUUACAUCAGAAACAGGUUCCUCCGAGGCCAUGCCAUGCAGACCAAAUACAAGAACAUAUACCGUCCAUCAACAGGUGCUGUGAUGCUGCUGGCUGCUAUGCACACCUGUGACCAGGUGAGCGCGUAUGGCUUCAUGACUCCAGACUAUAAAAACUACUCUGACCACUACUAUGACAGUAGAUAUCACCCUGUGGCUUUCUUCAUCAACCAUGACCUGAAGAUGGAGAUGACACUGUGGCAGCAGCUCCACCAGGCAGGACUCAUCACGCUCUACAUGCACCAGUGAUCUCAGGAACUAACUCACUCCAGGUCACUAUGGCAACGACCACAUUAAUGACAUACGUCUAUGGUAAUGACUAUGUGUCCACCACUGGCUCCCAAGGUUUGCCAACCCCCAGUAAACUAACUUACUGUUAGUUGCAACUACAAGAUUUAUAGAAAAAUUACUCCACGUCUGACUUCGUCAUUGCCUGCCAUGUUGGAGGUUAGCCAAUACUUCUGAGAAAAUGGUCUCCAUGGAGAUGGGCUUGAGAAGUCUCUAAAAGGGUGGAGGCAGGUGGCCAGUCAUAGACUGUUGCUGACACUUGCUGAGUUACCAGGAAAACUGACAGAUUCUUUUCAUUCUGGGAAAAGAUUGUUUUAGACUGUGCAGCUGAAGAUUUUAUCAAUGGCCCUGAUUUUGGACAUAUUUUACCAAAUAAUAUUUAUUAGCCUUUUAAUUUUUUUAUUGUUUAAUAUUACCCCCUUUUCUCCCCAAUUCUGUGGUAUCCAAUUGUUAGUAGUUUCUAUCUUGUCUCAUCGCUACAACUCCCAUACGGGCUCUGGAGAGACGAAGGUCGAAAGCCAUGCGUCCUCCAAAACACAACCCAACCAAGCCGCACUGCUUCUUAACACAGCGCUCAUCCAACCCGGGAGCCAGCCGCACCAAUGUGUCGGAGGAAACACCGUGCACCUCGCGACCUGGUUAGCGUGCACUACACCCAGCCCGCUACAGGAGGAGAGACAAGGAAAUCCCUACUGUCCAAACUCUCCCUAACCCAGACGACGCUAGGCCAAUUUUGCGUCGCCCUACGGACCUCCCGGUCGCGGCCAGCUGCGACAUAGCCUGGGUGCGAACCCAGAGUCUCUGGUGGAACAGCCCUAGACCACUGCGCCACCCGCGAGGCCCCUUUUAUUAGCCUUUUUAUACUAUUUUAAGACCUUUUUUAGUAUUUUUAAACCAUUUCAGACAAUCAGCUUUUGUGGGUCUUAGUCAGACAUAUGUUUCAAAGAUCAUACCCCCAAGACAUGCUAACCUCCCCUGUUAUUGGUAAUGGUUAGAAGUUAGAUCAUACCCCCAAGACAUGCUAACCUCCCCUGUUAUUGGUAAUGGUUAGAAGUUAGAUCAUA